AUGCCUGACUUGAUUUCAUCUGUUCGCCGCUUUGAUCGCACCAACAUCCCAGAGGAUGUUUGGGUCACUUUACGGGGCAGGGACAAUGCUGCUCGCGCAAAUGUGAUCCUCCCGCACGCCGAGAAGGUUUCCAGUCACCCAGAGUUCCUGCCCGGCUCCGAGCAGUUUUGGCUGGUCUACUCGGAGCCUACAACUUCCAACAUCAGAUUCAUACUAUCCUGCACGGAGGGACCAUUGGGCACAUACCCCCUUUUCAUUAUUCCAGUAUCCCCCGUUGAAUUGAGCCUGGAACUCCUCCAAGGUUCCAUGGAGGUGUUCUGCGAGGCGCUUCUGAAAGAUGUUGACUUUAAAAGGCAGAGGGUCUUCUCUGUCUUUUCUGUUGAACCAAUCGCCGAAGCUUUUGCUAGCGCAUGGGAGAAAAUCGCAGAGGUCAAGCGCAUCAAUAAACCGUACUAUGAUGCAUUUUUUUCGAUUUGUACUCCUGAGACGUUCAAGGUCUGCGAUAACCCUCCAUCAGUGGAUGAAGUCAUCGAGCUACGUCUUGCGGUAUCACAGGAUGCCGGCAAGAUUUCUGAAUUGUGUGAAGAGUUUUCUAAUACUUCGCAUCCAUUCACUCUCUCUUCCGAGCGAGCUUCUGAAGAGGCCAGGCUCUUGAUCGAAAACGAACAGGUUUGGGUAUGCGAGAUCGAGAAGGAUGGAGAAAUUGAUAUCGCGACUAUUGUGGCUGCCACGCGGCAGUCAGACACUGUUGCUGCCAUCACGAAGGUCUACACGCCAAACAAGUGGCAGCGUCAAGGAUAUGCUAAAAGAUUGGUUCGCCGCGUCUGCAGAGAGUUGUUGAUGACGCACGAGCAAGUUGUGUUAUACGUUGGCGUUAGUAAUUCCGCUCAGAAGUUGUACCAACAAGUGGGCUUCCGGGCUCCUUGUAAAGAGACUCCUGAGCGUUGGCUUGAAAUUGGUUUUGAUAGAGACGAAGUUGAACUCGGUCACUGGUAG